AUGAACUUCAAAUCUCCUCUAUCCACCUUCUGUUUACCUUGGCCUUACCCCAAGGCCCUCCAAGGCCCUCCAGGACCACGAGGAAUUCCUGGGAUUCCUGGAGACAUUAAGAAUUGUUCAUCUCCCCCCAAAUCUGCCUUUGCAGUGAAGGUGAGUGAUCCCCUCCCAGCCCCCUCCCAGCCCAUUGUCUUCAAGGAAGCCCUGCAUAACGACCAGGACCACUUCAAUCUUACCACGGGAGUGUUCACCUGUACCGUCCCAGGCGUGUACCACUUUGGCUUUGACAUUGAGCUGUUCCAGCAUGCUAUGAAGCUAAGGCUCAUGAAGAAUGGCACCCAAGUCCUGGAGAAGGAAGCCCAGGCCAAGGACAAUUAUAGGCAUGUUUCUGGAAAUGUCAUCUUGCAGCUGACGAUGGGAGACAGAGUCUGGCUGGAAUCCAAGCUAGACACAGCAGAGAGUGAGAGAGGACUGAUUGAAAUUAUGUUCUUUGGGUAUUUGCUCUAUGGAAAUUAUACUGGCUAA